AUGUACACAUUGCAUUCGUUCACUUGCACUAAAUUUUGUUUUUCCCGUAAUUUUCCAUCUUCGAAAUUUUAACAAGACAAUAUGGCUACGCGAUGGCUUCCYCUGGAGUCCAACCCUGAUGUUAUGAAUCAGUUCAUUGAAAAGCUUGGUGUCAAGACAAAGCAUGGAUUUGUAGACGUCUUUGGAUUUGAUGAUGACUUAUUGUGUAUGGUUCCUCAACCGGUUUAUGCUCUUYUACUCUUAUUUCCUUGCAAUGAUAAGUAUGAGAAGUACAGAACAGAACAGACUGAGAAGAUCAAGAAGGAAGGCCAGGAAGUCAGCUCAAAUAUAUAUUACAUGAAGCAGACAGUGGGCAAUGCCUGUGGUACAGUGGCCAUUAUUCAUUCUAUUGCAAACAAUAUACCUCAGCUUGAUAUUAGUGAUGGAGUUUUAAAGAAAUUCAUUGAUUCAACAAAGAGUUUAAGUCCUGAUGAAAAAGCAGAGAAACUUGAAAAUGAUGAGAGUAUCAGUGUUGCACACGAAGCUAGUGCUCAAGAAGGACAGACGGAAGCACCAUCAGUUGAUGAUAAAGUGGAUUUACAUUUUGUGGCUUUAGUUCACAAGGAUGGUCAUUUGUAUGAGUUAGAUGGCAGAAAGGAUUUUCCCAUAAAUCAUGGCAAGACAACUGAUGAGUCUUUUCUUAAGGAUGGUGCAAGAGUUUGUCAAGAGUUUAUGAAAAGAGACCCAGACGAGGUUCACUUCACAGUGGUUGCACUAUGUGAUGUUUAGGGUGUUAAACCCUUAGCACUAUUAAACUGUCUUAAAUAGACAGAGGAAUCAAGAAAAAAAUUAUGAUCAUCCAAAGGAUUCACUGCAACUUUUAUUGUCAGAARUGCUUGUAAAAUGCUUAUAUUUUGUUCACAUUUUUGAAAUGUUUAAACAARGUAGAAAUGCAUGUGGAACACAAAAAGGAGCUCAAAAGGAGCUGAAAGCUCAACUUUAUGUUUGAAAAUAAAAUCAAUUGUGCAAAGGCAAUGCAUUGCAUUUAUCAUUUAGGRUCAAUGAGAAUGAGAGUUACUUGAAUGUCAAGACCUCAAGUCUUUUACACCCUUACUUGAUGUCCCAAUUAAACAAUACAGUAGCUUGA